CUCUACAAGCAGUUCUUUAUCACAGUUGUUGCUCAGUCAUAAGUCAAUAAAAACUGUGAAAGUAAAACAUAUCUCUACCGCCCGAUUCCACAGGAUGUUCCUCUCUGUAUGAAAGCAGUGCUGUACUGUAGGCUACAGUAACCUAGCGUCAUUACAACAGUACCCGUUUAUAAUUCAACCGUGUCCGUCCGCAUUAUGCCAUUCCCACCUCAGAAGCGCACCUUUUGAAGACUCGGGCUUAUGUUUUUCUGCUGAUUAGUGGUCCGCCUUGACAGACCCGUAAUUUACUAAACCACACAUUUAAAAGCCAGAAGAAGAAGAGAAAAAUCGUUAGGUUUGAAUGUUUAAUACAGUGCCGUGUCCCUUUAAAACUUCUGACAAAAAGCCCAUAUGAUCCCUGAGCUCCAAUCACCAAUUCCUUCUGCAAAAGCAGCCUCUGCAUUUUUGUCUGUCUGAAUGCUAGGAAGGCGAAAAAAGAUUGAGGAGAAGAAGAAACUGAAGAAAUGUGAAAAUCCAAGGAACAUUUUCAUGGCCAACGGAAGUCGAUGCGUAAGGAGUUAUAUUGGGACUCCUUUUUGCCUCGAAACCUCGGAUCAAAAUGCUCAUAGUAGAGAAGACAUCAGACUUCCCGUCAGCUGAGUUCUCUGUGGUGGAGGAUGUGACUCUUCACUUCACCUGUUUGAUGGACAGGUUGAACGAGCAGCGUCUCUUCCAGCCUGACCUCUGUGAUGUGGACAUAGUGUUGGUGCGCCAACGCAGUACCUUCCCUGCCCACAAGGGGGUGCUUGCGGCCUACAGCCCCUUCUUUCACUCCCUGUUCUCCCAGAGCAAGCAGCUGCGCCGUGUCGACCUGUCUCUGGAUGCCCUCAGCUCCCAGGGUCUACAGCAGAUCCUUAACUUCAUCUACACCUCCCGUCUGUUGGUCAGUAGCCGUAGCGUCAGAGAUGUGCUCAACGCCGCCACCCUGCUGCAGAUGACGGACAUUGCAGCUUCUUGCCGUGACCUCAUCAGCAGCCAAUCGCUAAGGGCCGUGGUAGACAACCUGGCCAAUCAGGAUGGCCUCGGAGAUCCUGAUUCCAUGACAACGACCCCCAGCAGUCAGCUGUACCGCGAGAUCAAGCAGGAGGCAGAGUUAGGGAGGGUAGAGUUAGAGAGGGUGUACACUCGGGAGGGGAACAGCCCUUUCUCUGUGAGGGUGGAAGACGGACAUGGUAAAAUCUCCUCCCAGACCUCCUCCCAGACCUCCUCCCAGACCUCCUCCCAGACCUCCUCCCAGUCCCUGGCCAAGCAGUACUACUACCAACAAGAGGACAGGGAGAGUGGAGGAGGAGGAGGAGGGAGGGGUCUGUUUAAGCUGGAGGGGGGCGGGGAGCAGAUCAUCGUAGAGGUCAACCUGAACAACCAGACACUCAACGUCUCCAAGGGGUCAGAGAGCAAGGCUGUCGCCACAUAUACCACCGCCACCGCCAUGUUCACCCGCUCCCACGGUGACCAGAGGGACGAGGAGGACGAGGAGAACAAGGAAGAGGAUGAUGAUGAUGAUGAUGACGGGCAGGUCGGGGAGGAGGAAGAGGAGGAGGAUGAAGGGCAGAGAGAGAGAGAGGAAGAGAUGGAGAACAGCAGCGAAGAGGACGAAGAGGAGGAAGAGGAAGAGGAGAACAACGACAUGAACAUACCAGCAGACGAGUCUAUUUUGAUGAACAGGCCUCGUCCGGGGACUAGAACCCUGGAGGUCGCCACAACAACCGUCUCCAUGCGGCAGACCCUUGGUGACGCCACCCUUGCCAACCGUCACCAGGGGAGGAAGAGGAAGCAGAAUCCUGAGAGCGUAGGUCAGAUGGUCAGACUGGAGGAGAAGCAACACUUCCCCUGUAAGAAAUGUCCCAGAGUCUUCAACAACCGCUGGUAUCUGGAGAAGCACAUGAACGUCACUCACAACCGCAUGCAGAUCUGCAACAAGUGUGGAAAACGCUUCCUUCUGGAGACGGAACUGCUGCUGCACCAUCAGACCGACUGUGAGAAGAGUAUACAGUGUGUAACGUGUGGCAAGGCCUUUAAGAAGCUCUGGUCUCUCCAUGAGCACAACAAGAUCGUUCACGGCUACGCUGAGAAGAAGUUCUGCUGUGAGAUCUGUGAGAAGAAGUUCUACACCAUGGCCCACGUCAGGAAGCACAUGGUCGCUCACACCAAGGACAUGCCGUUCACCUGUGAGACGUGUGGGAAGUCGUUCAAGCGCGGCAUGUCCCUAAAGGUUCACUCUCUACAACACUCUGGAGAGAAGCCCUUCAAGUGUGAGAACUGUAAUGAGCGUUUCCAGUAUAAGUACCAGCUACGUUCCCACAUGUCCAUCCACAUCGGACACAAGCAGUUCAUGUGCCAGUGGUGUGGCAAGGACUUCAACAUGAAGCAGUACUUUGAUGAACACAUGAAGACGCACACUGGAGAGAAGCCGUAUAUCUGUGAGAUCUGUGGGAAGAGUUUCACCAGUCGUCCCAACAUGAAGCGCCACCGUCGGACCCAUACGGGGGAGAAGCCGUACCCCUGCGAGGUGUGUGGUCAGAGGUUCCGUUUCUCCAACAUGCUCAAGGCCCACAAGGAGAAGUGCAUCCGGGUCAGCAACCCCGCGGGAACCGACAACAACGACUCGCUGGGCGUCGACCCCCCCUCCCCGACUGUUUCUGCGGACCCUGCUGCGAUUGGUCAGGUGGUUUUAGGGGCGGUGCUCCCGGGGGCAAUGCACCACCAUGCCACGCCCCACUCCCUCCCUCUGAUCCACUCCCUAGGGGGGCUGCCCCACACCCCCGCGCCCCCUCCCCCUCCUCCACCCCUCUUCUCUGGCAGGAUGGGCUCCGACAUCUAGCUAACGCACUCCGCUCUGCUAACAGAUCAGACUGCUAGCAUCCAUCU